AUGAUGACGUGCCGUCUGCUGUGCGGUCUGCUGGUGCUCUCCCUGUGCUGCUGCCCAUCCGCGUGCGUGACGGCUCAAGACCCCGAUUCACCGUCACCUUCUACGGAGUUAAAAGGUGUGGCCGGGGCGGGAGGGGAAGCAGGUACGCCCGGUCAUUCAGUGUCAGGCGAUGGGGCACAAAAUCAGGAUGAUAAAUCGAGAGAAGAAUCAGAUGUGGGCCAUACAUCAGAGUCAUCAAGUGAGAGGUCCACGCAGUCAGAUCGACAGGAAGCAACCGCCACGGGCAAAACGCCACAUACAUCGAAUUCUGCGGACAGUACGGGACCGGGAACGAGUGCGCCACUGGUAACAGUUGAGAGGCCCUCUGCGUCAGAGGCACCCAGUAACUCCGAACACAAGCCAAAUACCACGACCACGACCACGACGACGACCACUGCGCCAGAGGCACCAAGUAGCACGGCCAUGAAUGCGGAGGCGCCUACUACGACGACCACCCGCGCGCCGUCACUUCUUCGCGAAAUCGACGGCAGUCGCAGCAGCUCUGCGUGGGUGUGUGCCCCGCUGCUGCUUGCCGUAUCCGCGCUGGCGUACACCGCUCUGGGCUAA